GAGGACACCAGAGCCCAGGGAGGGUAAAGGAGGACAAAUUAACACCAGGGGCAGAACUCUAGCUUCCCCCAUCCUUCCCCCUACCUCAGCCAAACUUCUCAGCCCAGGCAAUAGCACCACUGUCCCCAGCAACUCCAGGGCUAUGCAUGGAGCACAUCUACCUUGUUAAAGCCAGUUCAGAGUAGUCAGUGGUCAGGCCUUGAUCUGGGGCCUUGGGAAGGCCUUAGCCUGGAGGUCAAGGGCCAGGGUACCUGUAAGCCUCCAAACUAACUUUUAGGGCUUAUCAUCUAAAGUUGGGUUCACAGAUCCACCUUGUUAGAAAAGCAGAAUCCAGAGGUUCCACUGUGGCUCACGGGGUUAAGAACACAGUGUGUUCUCUGUGAGGAUGCAGGUUCCAUCCUGGACCUCACUCAGUGGGUUAAGGAUCUGGCGUUGCAGUGAGCUGUGUUGUAGGUCGCAGAUGCAGCUCAGAUCAGGUGUUUCUGUGGCUGUGGCCUCAGCUGCACCUCCAAUUUGAGCCCUCAACUGGGAACUUCCAUGAAAAGCAGAAUCCCAGAUGCCCCUUUUGAAUCAAUCUGCAUCUUAAUAAGGUGCCUGGAGGUAGGUUCCCAUGCAUGUGGCAAUGCGAGAAGUGCUAGGUUAGAGCUAGUGAUUAGGGCCACUCUCCUGUCACCAGCCUCAGUUUCUCUAAGGGAAACUCUCUGACCUCUUUGCCAUGACCUCCUGCGGGACGCUGCGAUUCUGGGAAGAGGACUUCCAGCUCCAGCUAGGCUGGGGAGCAGUCCACCCCUCUCCCAUUUUGUCUGCUUGGCCCUCCUCCUCUGCCAGAGACCCAGGCUUGGGGAAGCGUCCCAGAUCCUGGGAUGCAGCUAAUUCAAUUCGAUCCCCUUCAGCAACAGUGUGGCUCCUGUGUGCUGGGGUCAAUUGCAGUGAAUCCCUACACUGGACAUUAGAAUCCUCUGGGGUGCUUUUAGAAAAUAUUGAUGCUGGCCCCACCCCAGGCCACUGGGAUCUCUGGGGGCAGGGGCAGAGGUCUGGGGGCAAUUGAGGUCUCGGGGGGCAGGUCUGGGUACAGGUACUUAUGAUAAUGCCCCAGCAGUGAUAAUGCAAAUCUGGGUUGAGAACAAUGGCUCAGAAGGAAGAGAGAAGUCUACCGCCAGAUCCUUUGCAGGCCAUCUGCUCAGUCCCCACUUCCUCCGGGACAGCCAGCUGCAGCAGGCCUGUUGCAAGGCAAAAGUCAUCAGGAAAUUCCCUGGAUAUUGUAACCCGUGAUUGCAGCCUCUAAUUAAUCAUCAACACUGUAAUAUGAUCCUGGUUUGACAAGGGGACCUGCUGAAUCUUUGGAAACCUGUCCACUUGGCCUUCUCCAGACCCAGGGACCUGUGCCCAAGGACCCCAGGCUGAUGGGGGCCCAGAUCUGCUCCCAGGCUGAUGCCGAGGCUCCGCGAGAGGCUCUCCGUUUCCACGCCACAGCCAUGGGCGCGCAGGUGCGUCUGGAUGUGCAGCGACGCACCGCGCGCAGGCGCGCCACAUUCCACGACGGCAUCGUGUUCAGCCAGCGGCCGGUGCGGCGUGGGGAGCGCGUGGCGCUGCGCGUGCUGUGUCACGAGCACGGCUGGUUUGGCGGCCUCCGCGUGGGCUUCACACGCCUGGAUCCUGCCCGCCUGUCCGCGCCCAGCCUGCCGCCCUUCGUGUGCCCGGACCUGGAACAGCAGAGUCCGACGUGGGCGGCGAUGCUGCCCAAUGGCUGCGCACUCGCGGGAGACGUAGUGCACUUCUGGGUGAACUGCCAAGGCCGGCUCUUCGCCCAGGUCAACGCCGGACCCUGGCUCCUGCUGCGUAAAGGCGUGCUCAUGGACGCCCCUCUCUGGGCCGUGAUGGACGUGUACGGGACCACCAAGGCCAUUGAGCUUCUGGAUGAGGCCAUGGAUCCUACAGCCAGCGCCUUCUCCACGACCAUGCCAUGGAUCCUCAGUGAUGAAACUCUGCCCGAACCCAAAGCCACAGCAAGAGAGGAUUGUGCCAUCUGCUUCCACCAGGCUGCCAACACCUGCCUUGUGCCUUGCGGCCACACACACUUCUGCAGCUCCUGUGCCUUGCGGGUCUUCAAAGACACGGCCAAAUGCCCCCUGUGUCGCUGGGAGAUCAAGGCGGUGGCCCCGGCUUGGGGCCUCCCACUCUGGGCCCUGGAGACAGCCUCCCAGUGUAGGUGACAGAGUGGGCCUAGGUCUAAGCCGGGCCCCUGCUGAGGGAAGAGGUGCAACUCCCCCCCCCCCCCCCCCCCGCUUUCUGGAAAAGUCAGAAAAGCUGGGCAGUGACAGACACAGUGAGAGAGGGGAGCAGGGCUGUGACGGCCUCUCCCCACCUCAGCAGGUCUGGCCCAGUGGAGCCAGGAGGUGCCGUUUUCUGCCCACACCAAACUAUCUCCCUGGUGGGUACCUGGCUGGAGAAAGUGGCUCAGCAGUGAGCCAGGGGGCUUCUGGCCCCUUUGCUUACUUUCAUGCACAUGUCAUUUGUGCAUGCCAGCACUUCUGGCUGGCCUCCUGCUUCAGCCGCCAUGGACCUAACAAUCUCUGGGUACAUUUAAGUCCCAGGGGUCACAAGAACCCACACGUGUCAGUGAGAUGGGCCUUUGUGUCGAGAGGGGAUGGCCUGAUUACUGGUUUUAUGGCUGAGGAAGUUGGGGUAACUGCACAUGUCAAAUGAAGGCCCUGCCCACCCUGGGUUGUUGAAGAGCCUGGAUCACAUUCUGGGAGCAUCUCAGCGGGGAUUUUUUUCCAUUGGAAUAUGGUUGAUGUAUAAUAGCAUGCGAGUGACAGAUGUACAAUAUCACAGUUUUUAAAGGUUACACUGCAUUUAUCAUUAUAAAAUACUGGUUAUAUUCACCUCAUCAUACAGUAUAUCUGACAGUUUAUUUGAUACUUAGUAGUUAUACCUCCUAAUCCCCUAGCCCUAAACUGCCCUUGCCAUUCCCUCUCCGCAGUGGUAAUCACCAGUGUGCUCUCUACAUCUGUGAGUCUCUUACUUUGUUGUUAUUAUAUUCACUGAUUUGUUGUACUUUUUAGAUUCCAUAUAUAAAUGAUAUCAUACAGUA